AUGUCCGGACUCCAAUACUCGGGAAAUCUGCAGCUGGAGCAUUUGCAUGCAAAGUACACGGGCACAAUCCACCCCGAUACUACAAGGCACGAAUGGAUCACCUACCAGCACCGCGACACCACCGCUGCUGUGAUUGGAAAUGCGCCCCUCCUUUCCUACAUGUCCAUUGCUGAGGGAGAUACCAAGGCGCGCACGAAAUUCGAGCUUACCGAGGUACGUGCCGCAGCAUGCUUAUCGCAGCGCAUGAUCCAGCCGUGCGGCCCGCCGCCCUUCCGUAAAGAAUAA